ACGCCACGGGCGGACUACACUUCCCGGCAUCCUCCGCGCGGCGCAGGCGUAGGGUGUCGGCGUACGCCGCGGGCGGACUACACUUCCCGGCAUCCCCCCGCGCGACGCAGGCGCGGCGCCUCACGGCGGCGGGGCGCAUGCGCGGCGGCACCCCGGAAGCGGCGCGGAGAGGCGGAGCGGCCGCGCCCGGCACCUGCCCGGCCCUGGGGGCGGGCGCCGGCAGCCCCCCGCCCCCCACCCCCCACCCCAAAACCCCCCCGGCGGGGGUCGGAGCAGCGCGGUGGGGACGCCCCGCCGGCGGGUGCCAUGGUGCCCUGAUGGAACCCACCGCCUUCCCCCAGCUCCAGCUCUGGUGCCCGCGGCCCUUCGGCGCUUACAACGCCGCCGCCGCCCCCCCCAAGCAACCCCGGCCCCCCCCGGCCCCCAACCCUUUCUCCUGCCGCCCCGCCGAGGAAAACGCCGGCGGCCCCCCGGAAAAAACGCCGCCGCUGCCGACGCCGCCGCCGCCGCCGCCGCCGCCGCCUCCCGCAGAUGCCGCCCCGGCUCCCCCGGCGCCGGCGGAGGAAGGGCGGGUGCUGCUGGACACCUGGUACGUCAUCAAACCCGGCAACACCAAGGAGAAAGUGGCUUUUUUCGUGGCCCACCAGUGCGGCGGCGGCGGCGGCGGUGGGGGUGGCGGCGGCGGCGGCGGCGGCCGCCCCACCACCAUGAAGGUCAAGGGCAACUGGGGCAACGACAGCUCCAAAGCCAAGCGGCGCCGGCGUUGCCACGACCCGGCGAAGAACAAGCCGUGGGCUAGCGGCGGCCGGGAAGCGGCGUGCCCGCUCGCCGGCCAACCUCCCGCCGAAUCGCCUCCCCCCGACUUGCUGUCGGUGGCCGAGAUGGUGGCCUUGGUGGAGCGGAGGACGGCGCUGGCCUUGCAGAGCUUCCCCCGGCCCUGCGGCGCCGCCGCCGCCGCCCCCAUCGUCUUCGUGGAAGCGGCCGCCGGCGGCGAAACCAAAACGCCCGGCGGCUCCGAUUGCAGCCGGGUGGCCGAAGCCGUAGCCCACUUCGAGUCGCGGCAACGGGAACGCGGCGGCGGCGGCGGCGGCGGCGGCGGCGCUCCACCCAACGGCAUGUGUCGCCCGGGCGCCGCCGAAUGCGCCGCCGCCGCCGCCGCCUCGUCGUCUUCGGCGUCGCCGGCUGCCGGCGAGGUGCGUAUCGCUUUCCGUAUCUCCAGCGGUCGCGAAAGCCGGCCCGGAACCGCCGCGGCCGAGCCGGGGGCUGCGGGGCGGCCGAAUUGCGUCUUCAUGAGCUGCGGGACGGGCAACGGCGGCGGCAACGGCGGCGGUCGCGCCAAGGACAAGAUCACCUGCGACCUCUACCAGUUGAUCAGCCCGUCCCGCGACGCGUUGCCCAACAACGUGGAGUUCCUCCUGGCCACCGCCGGCGCCAAAGGGGACGGGGACGGCCCCGCCGCCGCCGCCGCCGGGUGCGGCGAGGGGCCGGCGAGCGCCGCCGGCAAAGCGGAGCCGGGGGAAGGAAGCGGCGAGACGAUGCCGGCGACGGCGGCGGCGGCGGCGGCGGCGCGGGAUUGCGCCGCCGGCUUCCACGUGGACGUGGUGGUGACGGGGGUGGUGGACCAAUGCGUCUUCUUCGGCAAAGACAGCGCCAAGAAGAUGAAGGAGGAGACGGUGCGGCUGCCGGCGGCGGCGCCGCAGGAGGACCCGCCGCCGGGGCAGCUCUUCCUCCUGCCCGUCCCGGAGGAGGCGACGCCGGCGUCGGAGGCGUCGGAAGCGGGCGAGGAAGCGGCGGCCGUCCCCGACCCUUCGCUUUGCCGCUUGUACCGUCACGUCUCCCACGAUUUUUUGGAGAUCCGUUUCAAAAUCCAACGCCUGCUGGAGCCCCGGCAGUACAUGCUCCUCCUGCCGGAGCACGUCAUGGUGAAGAUCUUCAGCUACUUGCCCACCCAAGCGCUGGCCGCCCUCAAAUGUUCCUGUCACUAUUUCAAAUCCAUCAUCGAGACCUUCGGGGUGCAGGCCACCGAUUCCCGCUGGAACCCCGACCCCCUCUACCGCGACGACCCCUGCAAGCAGUGCAAGAAACGGUACGAGAAGGGGGACGUGUCCCUCUGCCGCUGGCACCCCAAACCCUACCACCACGACCUGCCUUACGGCCGAUCCUACUGGAUGUGCUGCCGGCGAGCGGAUAAGGAAGCGCCGGGCUGCAGGGUGGGCCUGCACGACAACAACUGGGUGCACCCCCGGCGCGAGGACGGCAGGUGAAGGGACGGCCGGCGCCGGCGGCGGAUUUUUGGAGGCGGGGGGGGGACAACGGGAGCGGGGAGAAAGGAAAAGAAAGG